GAGUAGCCAUAGUUUGUUAGAGCAUUCCCCCAAGGAAUAUAACACCAUUGUGUGACGAGCAACCCUUCACCAAAAACUAAGGACUGAUAAACUGCAAGAGACCGUUCCUAUCAGGAUUGUGGAGUCUGCAACCAGAUAUCAAUGCAUAACAGAAUUGAAGAGAUGUAUCAUCAUCAACAACAGCUUCAGAGCCACAGUCAUUUCCUGUCUUCUAGGCAGACAUUCCCUCCAGAAAGGCACAUGCUUCUGCAAGGAGGGAGCAUUCCAGCAGAGCCAGGGCUUGUGCUUUCCACUGAUGCUAAACCUAGGUUAAAAUGGACACCUGAACUACAUGAGCGUUUUGUGGAGGCGGUAAACCAACUUGGUGGGCCUGACAAAGCUACACCGAAGACAAUCAUGAGACUCAUGGGUGUCCCCGGACUAACACUAUACCACCUUAAGAGUCAUCUUCAGAAAUACAGGCUAAGCAAAAACAUCCAUGCCCAAGCUAAUGGUGUAAAUGCAAAAAAUGGUAAUCAUAGCAUUCUCUCGUUACCUAGCAGUUAUCGGCCUCCAAUUAAGCUUAAUACUGAAUGCCCUUUCUGCUCUUCAGUGAUUGGUUGCACCAUGGCAAUGGACAAACCACUUGAAGGAAAUGGAUCACCAGCUAGCCACUUAAACCUUGGAACCCAGACAAACAAAUCUGUGCACAUAGGUGAAGCCCUUCAGAUGCAAAUUGAAGUACAGCGCCGACUGCAUGAGCAACUAGAGGUACAAAGACAUUUGCAACUCCGCAUUGAAGCACAAGGGAAGUACCUACAAUCUGUGCUAGAAAAGGCACAGGAGACACUUUCAAAGCAGAAUGCAGGGUCAGUCGGUGUAGAAACCGCGAAGAUGCAACUGUCAGAAUUAGUCUCAAAAGUAUCGACAGAAUGCCUCCAGCAUGCAUUUACAGGCUUUGAGGAGAUUGAUGGUUCCCAAAUUCUACAAGGCCAUACCAUCCAACUUGGCGAUGGGUCAGUUGACAGCUGCUUAACUGCCUGUGACGGCUCACAGAAAGAUCAAGAUAUCCUGUCAAUCAGUCUUUCCGCUCACAGAGGAAAGGAGAUAGGAGGCAUGACCUUUGAUAUACAAGAGAAAGAAAGAGGAAGAGAGGAUUUGUUUCUUGACAAGCUAAGCAUGACGCCUCCAGGCCAACUAGACAGGCGUGAGAGAGGAAGUUUUAGUAUGACACGGAAGGCAGCAAAACUGGAUCUGAACAUCAAUGAUACCACUGAUGGGCCACAGAACUGCAAGAAAAUUGACUUGAAUGGGUUCAACUGGACCUAGGAAGAGUUAGCAAAAGACCUUGCAAAUUAAAUCUGACUUGAUUCAUCAAGAGUGACAAGCUUAUAAGCUUGAGAUUGGCUCCUUCUGCCAAGAUAGCAGCAAAGAGAGGAAGUGAAACCGAAUGAGUUAUUCCAAAGACCAGCAGCAUCGACAUAUCCUCCAUGGCAGGACCUGGGUGAUCCUCGGAACAGCUGCGCUGUCGGCCCAUCACGAUUCAGCGAAAUAAGUGAUGAAAUUACAAUAAGUAGGGCAUGUAGAUUGGUAGAGUGUAUUUGAGAGAGUCUAGUGUUCUCCUCCGGCUAUACCUUAUUGUGAUUCUGUACACAAGCAUAUAAAUACAACGAUUUUUGUCA